AUGGCGCUGAGGGACACGCACCCAUGUGCGCUCGCGCUACUGGAUGAGCGGGUGCGGCUGGGGGGCGGCGGCCGGCUGGCCACCACGCUCUGCGGGCUGGAUGAGGCGCUGGGGGGAGGUAUCCCCCUGGGCAAGCUCACCGAGGUCGUCGGGCCCUCGGGGAUCGGCAAGACGCAGUUUUGUCUGAAGCUUGCGCUGUUAGCAACGUUACCAGAAUGCUAUGGGGGCCUAAACGGUCGAGUUGUGUAUAUUGACACUGAAUCCAAGUUCUCUUCACGGAGGAUGAUCGAGAUAUGUCAGAAAAGCUUUCCUCAAAUAUUUAGGCAAGAAGGCUUAGCACAAAAGAUGGCUGGCAGGAUCCUAGUGAUGCGACCAGCAUCAUUAUCUGAUUUCACAAAGAGUUUGGAACAGAUGAAGGUGACUCUCCUCCAAAAUGAUGUGAAGUUACUCAUUGUUGAUAGCGUGGCUGCUUUCAUGUCAUCGGAGAACGAAAGAGGUACAACAGGUUUCACACAACACCCUCUAAGAUGGGCUCUUUCAUUUCUUAAGUCUAUAGCAGAGUUGACAAGAAUUCCAGUUGUAGUUUCAAACCAGGUCCGCAGCCAAAGUAAUGAUGAUGGUUAUCAUUACUCGUUUGAAGUAAAAAGGAUGGGUGAUGGCGAUGGUGCUGAAAGACUCGAAUCUCAUCUUGUUGCUGCUCUUGGAAUCCAGUGGGCUCAUGCUGUAACUAUCCGUCUAGUCUUCGAGUCUCACUCAGGUCAGAGGUUCAUCAAGGUGGCGAAAUCACCCAUGUCUCCAGCAGUAGCAUUUCCUUUCAUUGUGGAAUCAUCAGGCAUUACAUUACUAAAUGAUGAAGGCAUUGAUGUGUCAGGUCCUGAGAUAACCUCGAUUCGCUGUCAAGGGCAAAAUUUGUUGGGUCCGUUACCACUUGAAAACUGAAGAUGAUUUCACAGACAGGUGUGCUUGUGGGUCGGCAGGAGAUAGUCAGAAAGGAUCUUAAGUAUGCUGCUGACAGUGUUUAUGCUCCUUCCACUUGUCAUGACAGAAAGCGGAACCAAGCAAUGUACAUAGUAGACAACUACUGUUCCUUCGGAACCACAUGCCUGGUUUUAUAUUAAAAUUUCCUUAUUUGUUUAUGUUUCUGGAUGGGGAUUAGUUGCUAGAGAUAUAACUCUAAUUUUCUGCGUCUAGUUGAUGCCCCUAGUAUUUAUAGUGCACUUAUAUGUGUAUUUGCCUAUAGUGUUCUUAAAUAUCUAGAUAACUUGGUAGAGAGUGUUA